AUGUCUUAUCCCGUGCCUGACCAGCAACGAGUCUUUCUUGCUUAUAAGGCCCUUUUCGGAGGCCAGAAUUCCCAAGUCAGGAAGAAAAAGAAGAUAAGACAGUUGGUGCAAUCUUAUAAACAAUCUACGCAGUCUGUGAUUCAAAGCCUCGGAGCGGAUAAAAUUGUUACGAUUUUAAAGAGCCUUCUAGAUCGUGGCAUCUUUUCGUCGGAAUCAAAGGCAAAAAUUGCCUUUCCAUCACUCUUCCUAACUUCUGCUACUCAGGAGGUGCAGCACUCGGCAUCUGAAGUUGUGGCAGCUGAGUCUGAACAGAAGGCGUUUCGGCUGGUGCAACUUUUGGAUAUACAAAAUCAUACCACUGAGGUGCGAGACAAUGACCACGAGGAGGAACUCUUGCUAGAUGAUAUUGAUCUUGAUGAUGGCCACGUUUCUGUACAAGAAGAGCCUCUAAGCAAUGAUGCCCAGCACCCCGACACAAACGGUAUACGGGUACCUUCUUUGUACCCUUCGUAUAUUCCGUACCGGUCGCAGCACCUACUAUUGACCAAAACCCAGUGCUUGCUUGAGGAAUGCUGUUACGUGUUUACCUCAAAAUGGAUGCCUGAUUUACUUCUUAAAAGAAAAUGGGACUGCCCCGAAGCUAUAGAGCUGAAUAAAUGGGUUCGAGUUUUUAUGAAACGUAUCAGUAAACUACCAGCGGAUGCUCUGCAUGAUGGGCACAAAGCUAAUAUCUUCGAAAUCGUCGAAUCGGUCGUUCAACUUCGCCAUUCUGCCGUCCAUCGCCUAUUAAUUAGUGCUAAACGUCUCGAGGACCUCAUCAACAGCUCUGUAGCUUUUGUUUCCAUGCUACGCGAUUCCCACCGGCAAUCUCAGCUAAGCGAGCUAGAUGUUAAUCUAAAAAGGAUGAUCAAGUCGCAGGAACUAAACAAAAAUUUCCUGGAGAUGCAGCUGCAGGAAAAACUUGACGAUAUCCAAAAGCAGCGCGAGGAACUGAAAAAAAGAGAAAAGGAUGCUGUGGCUACCAUGCUUAACGAAGAUGAAGAGAAUAAAUACCUUGUUGGAUCCUUGCUGGAAGAAUCAAUUGCCUCGGUUUUCAAUACGGGAAAGGAGGCUAAGAGUGGUUACGAGGAACCAGAAGAAGAAAAUUCGGUGAAUGAACAUCCAGCAGUGGAAUUUCCAGCUGAAGAAUGCCCAACAGAAGGACACCUAGCAGAGGAAUGUCCGAAUGUCCAGCGGAAGAAUGCCCAACAGCAGAAUGUCCAGGUCCAGCAGAAGAAUGUCCAGCAGAAGAAUGUCCAGCAGAAGAAUGUCCAGCGGAAGAAUGCCCAACAGCAGAAUGUCCAGGUCCAGCAGAAGAAUGUCCAGCAGAAGAAUGUCCAGCAGAAGAAUGUCCAGCAGAAGAAUGUCCAGCAGAAGAAUGUCCAGCAGAAGAAUGUCCAGCAGAAGAAUGUCCAGCAGAAGAAUGUCCAGCAGCAGAAUGCCUAG